CUCAACUCAGUCGGUCGUUGCACCUUUCCAAGAACAAAAUUUCUGCCAUGGGACAAGGCGAGGAAUCAAAGACCAGAAAUGAACCCAGCGUUGAAGUUCAGGAAAGAGGAGAAAUAUUCUUCUUUUACCGACCAAAAGUCGGCAAAGAAGAAGCACAUGACCCCAACGAUGUCCAACGCCUAUACAUCGUUCUCCGUCCAGAGUCCGGUGAACACUCCGUCGAAGUCAAACAAGAUCCUCAUUCCGGCAAGGAAGGUGAAGAGCUCGGUUCUCAUACAGACCCCGAAAAACCCAACCGCGACAUUUCCUCCGAUAAGAAACAUUCUGGCGGCGAGGGAGGACAUGGAACAGAAGAAGUUAACAUUGAGAAGCAGCCAUUGCUCCGAUUCAUUGUAAUGGGCAGAAAAAGUCUCCCUGAUCCUAGCAAGAAAGCAGGUCACCGUCCUUAUUGGGGUUUCGUGGAAAUGGUGACAACGAAAAUAGACGAUGUAAAAGCAGCUCUCAAGGGCGAAGAAUAUGACACAUCAACCAGAGGACACCGUGUAGUUGCACCAGCUAGAGCUGUAGGAGAAGGAAUAUACCGAAUUCUGAGGCACAAUCCGGGGAAGAGAAUGCAUACUCAUUUGGUUUACAAGCUUGAAUUUCCAGCAGAGGAUGAGAAAAAUGAACCGCAGGAGGAGCUGAACAUAAAGAGAGAAGGGUCAUUUCUGAUUCAGAUCAAGAACCCGGAACAACAUGGAAGUGGAAAAACGCAGUUUAGGGGACUUCAGAACAAGAGGAAGGCGACAUUUCCAGCACAUUUACAAGGUGAAUUUGGGCAGCUGAGAUACCAUCCAGCGGAUCCUCCGGAUUUUUUGAACUAUGAAGGAUGUGAGUUUCUGCUGAUAUCAGCAUCUGAUGAUAUAGAAGAGGAGUUGGGGUUGGAACUGAAGACAGAAACUGAAGGAGAAGAAGAAGCAGAACAUGAUCCGUCUUGUUCGGAUUUGGUGAAGACUUUUGGUGAAACUGCUCCUAUCCGUGCCCUUCUUAGAGGCACCUGGGUUUGAACUUAGAUAUAAGUUUUAGAUGUAGAAGGGUACUCUGUAAAUGGUAGGACUUUUGUAAUUAGUAUGACAAUGUUUCUCAACUUAUAGUUUGUUUGACUGUCAAUUAGGAUGUUUGACAAGUUUUACUGGGUUUACUAUUUUGUGUUCCUUGUAUUUUAUAGGUGGAUUCCUUGUUCUGCAAUACUUACAAGCUGAUAAUAUGUGUUUUGCAAUUUA